UUGUGAUGGCUCCUGCUAUUGAAGCAGCGGAGAAGGUCAAGGUGGCAAGCACACCCAUUAAGCCUCCUGUUCUUAAUGAAAGAAUACUGUCAUCCAUGACCCGGAGACCUGGUUCAGCGCAUUCAUGGCAUGAUCUUGAGAUAGGCCCUGAUGCACCAACUAUCUUCAACUGUGUCACUGAGAUACCUAGGGGCAGCAAGGUUAAAUAUGAACUUGACAAGAAAACUGGACUGAUAAUGGUGGACCGUGUGCUUUAUUCAUCAGUGGUGUACCCUCACAACCAUGGAUUCAUUCCCCGCACACUGUGUGAUGACAGUGAUCCGAUGGAUGUGCUAGUUAUUAUGCAGGAGCCUGUUGUGCCGGGCUGUUUCCUUCGCGCAAAGGCCAUUGGCCUCAUGCCUAUGAUUGACCAGGGAGAAGCAGAUGAUAAGAUCAUUGCAGUGUGUGCUGAUGACCCUGAAUACAAGCAUUUCAAUGAUAUCAAGGAGCUCCCACCUCAUCGGUUGGCUGAAAUCAGACGCUUCUUUGAGGACUACAAGAAGAAUGAGAACAAGGAGGUUGCUGUGAACGACUUUCUGCCUGCGACUGCUGCUUAUGAGGCCAUUCAGCAUUCCAUGGAUCUGUAUGCUACUUACGUCGUGGAGGGCCUGCGGAGGUAGGCUGCUGCCUGGAGGCUCGGCUCGACGCGCUGCUCCUUGUCGUCGGACCGGGGCGAUGUUGAUGAAAACCGGAGAAUGAGACACUUCACCUUACGAACUAAGUACUGUUAUUUUGUUGGUGUUGGCAUAUGUACCACUGGUUUUAUGACCUUGAAUGUAGUAGUUAGCACAAGAAAGAGUGGCGAAAUAUUCUUUUGUGGCCUUGGUGCCCCUGUGUUGUUGUUACCUUGAUGUUGUUGAUUCUCUUGACGAUUCAAGUCAGGCAUAAGAAAUUCAUUGUCAA